CGGCUUUUUUGAUUCUUAAACUCCAUUUCCCUCUCUGCCCCUUUCUCGCUCGCGCUCUCUCUCUGUCUCUGUGUCUCUCUCCCGCCGCUAACGGACGUUGCCUCUCCACGCGCCGCCGAGAUCAGACCUUCGCCCCCAUGUACGUAACGUAGUGGGUGCCGCUGCCGAUUCGCCGCCUAUAUUCGGGUGAAAUAAAGCCCCAUUUCCAGGUGUUCGAUGCUAAUACCGUCAGGAUUUCCAUAUGUUGAUUUCCAAUUUGGAGAAUGUAGGGAAUUUGACAAGUUGAUGACAAAGAAGGAGAAGGAGAAGUAGGUGGUAGAAGGAACUGGAAAUAGUGAAUGUGAAUGGAGUGUGAGGUUCAAGAAUACUUGAGACUAAAGGUAUAUCCACAAUAGUGGCUUUGGGUGAAACAGGCUUGAGGCUGUUUCCUGGUAGUGAACAGGAAGAGACAUUGGUUUCAUAUGUGAGUGGUUGCCUGACUGUCUAGGCAAACCUAAGUCUCCAGCACUAUCGGAUGGCAAUAAGCAAAUGAGGGGCUAUACUAACACUGAAGAUUCUGUCAAAAAUUGUUCAUCCAUAUUCUCCAAGGAGUUCUGAAUUUAAAAAAGUCCAAGGAAGAAGCCCUCUGGUGAAAGAGAAGAUUUGGCACCAGAUCAACUCUUACUAGGAAGCAUCACAUAUUUUUCCAAUUCAAUUGCGGAGUCGGCGCUGUAUUGAAAACUGCUAUCUCUUUUCCUCGAAAGCCAAACCUAGCUCUAUAAAAGAUUAAGGUUUGGGUACGAGGAAUUGGAGAGAUGCAACUUCCCAAGGCAAAAAUUCAUCUUACAUGCCAGUUCUACUUCAGCAUCUCAAGUGGAUAAUCUCUGAUUCUAAAUAAAUCAGCAUCAUUGAAACCUAAGGUUGCAUCAGGAAUGCGAAGCCGUUGCCUCUCCUAAAGUUUGAUGAGCACCCCUUGAUCCCACCAAUAUUAAGUCUAACCACGAAAAUUUAACGGCCAAUGUUGGAAGCUAUACAUGAGAUUGCUAUUUACAUACAUCGGUUUCACAACCUCGACUUGUUUCAACAAGGAUGGUAUCAAAUUAAGAUUACAAUGAGGUGGACGGGUGAAGAUUCUGGUUCUUUGGGUACUCCAGCAAGAGUGGCUCAAUAUGAAGCUCCUGAUCUGGGUUCUGAUGACGUGUAUGGUGUAUGGAGAAUUGAUGACAGAGACCAUAGCUUUUCAACACAACCAUUUCGGAUCAGAUAUGCAAGGCAGGAUAUUCUUUUGUCAUUGAUGGUCUCAUUCACGUUACAGGGUCCAUGCACAUCUGCUGUUAUUCUGAAAUUCGAGCUGCUCUACACUCCUGUGCUGGAAAACAGGUCUAAUAUUCAGGAUUGUUUGGAUAACAUUGCUGCAGUCCAUGAAUUCCGGCUUCCUCCUAAAGCCCUUCUGGGGUUGCAUACUUACUGCCCAGUUCAUUUUGAUGCUUUUCAUGCAGUGUUAGUUGAUAUAACUGUUCAUGUCAGCCUUCUGAGAAAUGCUGUCUACACUUCCUCACAGAAGGUACCCAGUGGUCUUACAGCUAAUGGAUCUGAUGUUGUCGGGAAGCAUGAUAAGUCAAAACAAGUUAUGCUUGUGCAAGCACUAUUAAGUGCUUGUGAGAUACUCACGGAAGAGCUAAAAAAGCUGAGCCAGGCUAUCAAUGAACCCAUUGAUAUCAGAGAAAUUACUCCUAAUGAAUUGUUUGGUUUGACGCCAAGCUCACUUCCGGAAACAGCUGAUGCAGAAGUUUUAGGACAAGUCUUGAGCAAACUUCACAGUGCUUCUGAGAAAGCAAUUGGUGAAGUUGAUUUUCAUAAUGAUGCUGUUCUCCGUCGAUUAUCUGAGGAUAAACUACUCAAGUCAAUCGAUUUGAUUGGCCAUCAAGUCCUUCACUUGUGGAGUAUAUUUUUGAAUUUUCACAGGGCUAACACAAAGAAGAUUCUGGAAUUUCUCCGCAACCAGUGGGCUGUUAGUCGGAAAGCUGAAUGGUCAAUCUGGAUGGUUCACACUAAAGUUGACAUGCCUCACCAAUACAUAAGCAGUUUAGUAGAUGCGUCUACUUAUCAUGGAUUGCAUGGCAGAUUACCUGUUCCACGGAAGUUAACUGACGAUCCUGCACAGGCUGCUGCUAUGCGAGCGGAGCUUCAUAGGAGAAGUAUUGCUCAAAUGAUGAUGAACAAUCGGUCUAUCCAAGACAUGCAUAUAUUUGGAGAUCCGGCACGCAUCCCCAUUGUAAUAGUAGAACGAGUCAUCAAUGCGCCUUUACGUUCAACAAGUGGAAAUUCUUACUUCACCAAACUGGACCGGAAAGAUACAAAUAGUUUGAUGGCUGGAUCUGGCUCCAACCCAAUAAAGCUCACCGGUCGCCCAAAUGAUCGUGUUCUGAAGAUUGUAGUUUUUGUGCAUGGAUUCCAGGGGCAUCAUCUGGACUUGCGGCUCAUUCGUAAUCAGUGGCUUUUGCUAGACCCUAAGACAGAAUUCCUUAUGUCAGAGGCUAAUGAAGAGAAAACAUCUGGAGAUUUUCGAGAUAUGGGACGGAGGCUAGCACAAGAAGUUGUGUCGUUUGUGAAGAAGAAAAUGGAUAAGGUUUCUAGAUCUGGUGUAUUGAGAGCAAUUAAACUUAGCUUUGUUGGACAUUCCAUUGGAAACAUAAUUUUGAGAACCGCGCUAACAGAGAGCAUUAUGGAACCAUAUCUGAGAUACUUGCAUACAUAUCUCUCUGUUUCUGGUCCACAUCUCGGUUAUCUUUACAGUUCGAACUCUUUGUUUAAUGGGGGACUGUGGGUACUGAAGAAGCUCAAGAAUACACAGUGCAUUCAUCAGCUCACUUUUACUGAUGAUCCUGAUCUUCGGAAUACAUUCUUAUACAAACUAGCCAAGCAUAAGACAUUGGAUAACUUCAGGAACGUUAUUCUAUUGUCUUCUCCCCAGGACGGCUAUGUUCCAUAUCAUUCUGCUAGAAUUGAAAUGUGCCCAGCAUCUUCAGGCGACCACUCGAAGAAGGGCAAAGUUUUUCUUGAGAUGCUCAAUGAAUGCUUGGACCAAAUACGAGCAAGAUCCUUUGAGCAUCGCGUGUUCAUGCGCUGUGACAUCAAUUUCGACGUCACCUUGCAAGGAAAGAACCUGAACACCAUAAUUGGACGGGCUGCUCAUAUCGAGUUCCUGGAGACGGACGUCUUUGCCAGUUUUAUAAUGUGGUCCUUCCCAGAUUUAUUCCGUUGAUCAACAGGUGAUGAAUAACUCCAAUAUGUCUCAAAAGGGUUGAGCCAGUAUUCAGCAACAUCGAAGACCUCCGAUAUUCUUCUCGACUCGAGCACAUUAGAAAUUAGGAUGGGAAAGUUGUAAAUUAUCUUGUUUUGAGCUGAUUCAUCUGGCAACUCUUCCAUUCAGAGAUGUUUUUAGAUUAAUGUAAAGGUCCAUCACUUUAGGGAAUGAUCUGUAGUACUAUAAUAAUUACACUUUUGUGCAGUAUAGAGUAAAAGAAGAAGAUGUUUUACUUU